ACUUAAUAAACCUCAACCGCCAUUUUUAUAUAUUUUAUAUUUAUUUUGUACUUUUAUGUUUAUUUUAAUUUUUAAAAUUGAUUCUCCAAAGAUGCCUCAUGAAUAUAUUAAUAUCCUGUAUAUGUUCUUCUAUGUUAGUAUAAUGGCCGUUGCUAUAUCAUUGUAUUGAAAUGUUUUUAUACUUGUUCACAGUAGUAUAUAGUAACUAAAGAUACGUAUAUGAGUAAAUGAGUCACGACACGACGCGUGCUAUAGUGCGUAAUAUAUAACGUCAGUAAAGUGUGAUAUUUCUAUAAAACUGUUUUUUCUGUUGUGAAAACUUCUUUUAAAGUGAAACUAUGUGCUCUACAAAAAGAGAUAUUAUAAACGACAAUAAUAAAUAUAAUAAUGAUGUCGGAGAUGCAUUUGGAUGUUCUAGAAACAAUGUCAGUCCUCUUAUGGGCCCUUUACAAACAGCACCUACAGACCGUUAUGCUACACAUUAUAAUAUGAAUCAUGCAAAACGUGGAUUAGCUCUUAUUUUUAAUCAUGAAUUUUUUACUAUUGCACAUCUUAGAUCAAGAUGUGGAACAAAUGAAGAUUGUAAAAAUCUUAUCAAUACAUUAAAAAAUCUUGGUUUUGAAGUAAAUGAUUUUCAUAAUUAUACACAUAGAGAUAUAGUAAAAAAUUUAGAAAGAGUUGCUAGUAUGGAUCAUUCUCAACAUGAUUGCUUAGUUGUAGCUAUAUUGAGUCAUGGAGAUUUAGGAUUACUUUAUGCUCAUGAUACUUCAUAUAAACCUGAUUCUAUUUGGGCUCACUUUACAGCUGAUAAAUGUCCUACACUUUCUGGAAAACCAAAAUUAUUUUUUAUACAAGCUUGCCAAGGAGAUAAAUUAGAUGCUGGAAUAACAUUGAAAGAACGUACAGAAACUGAUGGUCAACCAGCUUCUACAUUUCGUAUACCAAGUCAUGCAGAUUUUUUAAUUGCUUAUUCCACAAUACCAGGUUAUUAUUCAUGGAGAAAUACUACUCGCGGUUCAUGGUUCAUACAAGCGUUGUGUGAACAUUUACGAGAAAAUGGUACUCGUUACGAUUUGUUAACUUUACUCACAUUUGUUUGUCAGCGAGUUGCUAUUGAUUUUGAAUCAAAUACUCCUGAUAAUAUUACAAUGCAUCAACAAAAACAAAUUCCGUGCAUUACAUCAAUGUUAACUCGUCUGGUAAAAUUUACAGCUCCGAAAAACGGAAUUGUAUAGUCGUUUUAUAUAUAAGAAUUUUAUAAAAUAUAAAAUACAUAGAUUAUAUAUUACGUACCUUUGUAACAUUAAUCAUAUUGUUAUUAAGAAUUAAAAGAUAAUAUUUUAUCUAUUCAAUUUCUAUUAGAUGUGACUGCAAUAUAAAGCAUUUAAAUAAUAGCAUUUAUUUUAUACUGCCAUUAUAUUAUGUAAUAUUUAUAUUAAAAAACAAAACAUAGCAAUACAAAUACAUAGCUUUUAUGGUAUAUACAAAUUUUUGUACUUGUCUAAUGAAUAUAUAUGCAAAUCAUAUGUUUUGUAAGAUAUAUAUUCAUAAUAGAAAUUUAUAAUAGAAUCUUUAACUAUAAUUUUUAACAACUCUUAAAUCAUUAAAAAAUUGCAUAAAAUGAAUGUAAUCAUAGUCAUCUAAAAAUUUAUAUUCAAAACUAUUAUAUAAUUAAGAUAUAAAAUAAGUACAAAUGAAAAAUAAAAUUAAGACAUCAAUUUAUAAAUAGAGUCAAAAUUGAACGCCUUUGUAAUUGCUGCUUUAUGAACAAAAUUUUACAAUUUGUAUAUAUUAUCUAUAAAAUUUUGACAUUAUAUUUUAAAAAAACUAUUUUUUAAUCAUUAUAAUGCAAACAAUUGAAGAAAUUUAUAUAUUUACACUUUGUAUAAAAGUCAAAAGGACAAAAUUUGUCUUUUUAUAACAAGCAAUAGUCUAUCUUAUAUGAAAAAAAAAAAUGAAAUAUUUUCAACUUAGUAAUAAAGAUAAACUUAACUUGCCUAAUUAAAGUAAUUGUGAUUAUAUGAGGUGCAAUUGCAACAAAUAUUCGAGUUUUAUCUAUAAGAAAAUAAAUAAAAAAUAAGAAAGGCAAUUUGCAUAUACUUUUGGAAUUGCUAAUACAUAAAAUGUUAUGUUGCUUCAUAGUUUGAGAAAGGCAUUAUUAUAAAUAAAUAAAUAAAAAUUUAACAAAAAAAAAUAUUACUAUUAUAGCAAAAGUUGCUAUAUUUGCAUUUGAAAUGGCAUUAUUAUGAUCUAUAAAAUUUUUGAAAACGUGAUAUAACAGUCUUUCAUGAGAGUAUGUAAUUUUUAAAUAUCAAUUAUUGAAAUUUUAUGUUACUUUUAAUGGUUUGAUUGCUAUAUUUCAAUGAUGUGUUUAUACAUGAAAGUUAUAUAAAAUAUUUUUCAUAAAUUUUUCUUUUAUAUUAAAAUAACAUUGUUCCUUACUAUAACAAUUUUCAAUAUAAUCUUUCAAUAUAUAUAAUAAAGUAGUUGCUCAAUAAGAUAGUAUUACAGAUAAGAUAAAAUUACUUAUAAUAUUUAUUGUAUUGUGAUAAGUAUGUACUGAUGUGCUCUAUGUAUUGCAAUAUAAUUCUUAUAUAUUUUUACUGCUAUUAUUAAUCGAAAAUUUUUUACUAUCUUUAUAUUAUAGCUUUUAUAAGUCUUUCGUAUAUAUUCUCGAAUAUUUAAAUUUUCAUGUAUGUGAAUUUGUAUGCAACUAGAUAAUAAAAUUAAAAUAAAAAAGAUA